UUUUCUUAAACUUAUUUUAUUCGAACUAGCUGCAAAGACAUUGAGAAUUAGACGCUUUAAAUGCACUAAUAGUCGAUGAACUUAAGUGUUGGUCACUUUUGUAACUUUAGUGGCGACUGGGGGGAAUGGAGGAUAACUCUUCUCAGUGUCUUCUGAAUUGGUGCAUUGAACAAACCAAAACGUACCCACAUAUUAAUAUCACUGAUUUCACAUCAUCAUGGAAAGAUGGUCUGGCGUUUUGUGCCUUAAUUCACAAACAUUUCCCUGAUCUAAUAGAUUUUUCGCACUUGAAGUCUGAAGAUGCUGUAACAAACCUUAAGUUGGCGUUUUUUGUUGCAGAAACAAAAUUGAAUAUACCGGUGCCUACAAGACCACAAGUCAUAGUAUUAGAAGAUGUAGAUGAAAAGAUAAUAUUUGAAUACGUUUCUAAGUUGUAUGGGGCAUUAACAAGAAAUUCAGGUCAAUUAGGUUCAGAUAAGCUUUUAGAUAAAAACUUAUCAUAUUUGUGUGAACAGGAGGAGGGACUUCUUAUAUGUGACCUUUGUGGGGAAACUAUAUUUCGUGUCGAGCAGCUGACUGUUUUCAGUAGGAACUACCAUCGUAGUUGUUUUCGUGACAACCAGUUAACUUAUCUCAAAGAGCGAAAUAAAACACUAAAGGGUUCCAACUGUUCUGAUGGUCCACCACUGACUAAAUUCUCAGUAGCGGAUCCCUUCCCAAUAAGAUUCAGUCCACAAAAUGAAUUGGACACUGUUAGCAAUGGAAAAAGUCAACCAACAUGCAAACCUCCUUCUAGACCGCCACUUCCUGAUGUUUUAAGUAAUAAUGCGUCUCCUGAACUGAAUAGUGUUUUGAAGAUAAAAGCUAAAAUAUCAGCUGACAUAGAACAGCGUAAAAAUAACUCUAAUUCCAAACACCAUAACAUCGUUUCUUAUCCUGCUGCUUUAAAUCCGUUCGAAGAUGACUCUUUGCGUGAUCCCAACUCUCAGCAUGAAUGCACCUAUAAGCCUUACAAUCCAUUUGAUGACGAUUUAUCAUCCUUAGACUCGGAAGAGAUUAAUAAUAUUUCAGAUUCUGACCACUCAGACAUAUUAAGUAUAUCAAACCCUCCAUCUCUGGUAUCCACGCCUAGUAACCAUAUAAACAAGUACAUGGAACAGAGUAACCAAAAUUUUUCCAUGGAAAAAUUAGUCGCAGAUGAAUCAGUCAAUCUUCGGACUGCUCACUCUUCUAUAUAUGAUUUAUCGAGUUUACUCGCUUAUGGUAGUCUGAAUAAAGCACAGUCCUCUUCACUAAGCAGUGAUGCAAAGCAGUCCUCAAAAUCUCCUCUUAAUGAAUCAAAUGCAAAGAUAAGUAGGUCAGUUAACACCAAAGGGCCUGCCCCACCUAUUCCUGUUUUAUGCCGACGUGAUGUCAGACGCGAUCAGCAAAGCGACUUCAUUCCAUACACUGAAUUACACAGACAACUAUAUGAUAUAAACAAUGAACUUUCCAAUCUGGAACUAUCUGCUCGCAAAAUUCAAACAAGUAUUAAAGAAAUGUCUGAAAAUAAUGAAAGCGUCAAGAGACUAUUGAAAAAGUGGCUCCAUACCGUUGAAUUAAAGGAUAAUCUCUUCAAAAAGGAAUCAGAGUUACUUCAAAGGCUUCGUUGUCAAGAGCUAGAGGAUCGUCAUGCUGAUUUAGAAUAUGAACUACGAACGCUAAUGGCCAAACAAGACAUUCUAAAGACUAAAGAAGAAAAAGCUCGUGAAGAAGAACUAAUUGCUGACUUAUUGUGUGUGGUUGACAAAAGAGCUGAACUUUCAGAAUCCACUGGGGAUUUCAAACCAAAGCAUCGAGCAAGAUCAUCUAGCCGAAGAACCCUCGAAAGUAAAUUCAAACAAAUAUGCCUUAGUUUGCGACAUCCUAGUCUGUCACAAACGAAUUUAUCAACCAUUCGGGAUAAAUCAUUGAAAAAAGUACGGAAGUUGAGAGCUUCUACCAUAUCUCGAUUGAAAAACAAGACAUAUUUUCGAUAGAAAUUGCCAACUUUAUAAAAACUAUAUAUUCGUAUAGACCCAACUCCACAUCAAAUGGACUAUCAUCGCAUUAAUAGUAUUAUCAUGCAUGGACUUUUAUGCAUCCGGUAUACUCUGAGUUGUUUUUACGAACAAUUUUUAUCUGUUUACUUUUAUUUGUUAUCAAAUUGUUUUUCUUUAUUUCGAAAAUAGAUACUGCAAACGGCA